UUGUGAUUAUAGUGAACCAUGCUCGGAGGUGGGAGGGGCCCUCCUGCUUCACACAGCCCAGUGUAGAGGCUCUCAGAGCGGGCGUCAUCUCAGCAGCAGCGGUGGAGGAGGUGGAGGAGGAGAAGGAGGAGGAGGAGGAGGUGGGUGACAUGUAUCAAAGCUUUAUUUAAAACAACAACAAAAGAGCAACGUUAGCUUCCUCUUCCUUAGCUUAGCAUCAGCCUCCUCCUCCUCCCGAGGUGUGGUUUUAUUUUUAUGUUUCCCGGCGUCACAUCCCCCCUGGCCGGAGGAGGAAUGUAGAGACAGGGAGCUUUAAAAAUAGCCUCCUCUCCGGUGACAGCGCUGCUCCGGGGCUCCAGCAGCACUGUGCCGAGGCGAGCAGGAAUGCGAAGAUGGCUGCAGACCUGGGAGAGCUGCUGGUCCCCUACAUGCCCACCAUCAGGGUGCCCAAGACCGGAGACAGGGUGUUCAAGAGCGAGUGCACCUUCUCCUUCGACUCCCCGGAGUCUGAGGGAGGCCUGUAUGUGUGUAUGAACACAUUCCUGGGCUUUGGACGAGAACAUGUGGAGAGACAUUAUCGCAAAACAGGACAGAGUGUUUACAUGCACCUCAAGAGACAUGUUAAAGAGAAAGCCACAGGAGCUGCAGGUGGUGCUAUCCCCAGACGGAGAAAUGGAAAAGUCUUUCUAGAUUUAGAGCUAAACCGUGAUUUUAACGGAGAGGACUAUGAAUACGAAGAUGAGGCCAAGCUCGUCAUUUUUCCAGACCACUUCGAGAUCCCCUUACCAAAUAUUGAGGAGUUGCCCGCUCUGGUGACCAUCGCCUGUGAUGCAGUGCUCAAUGCACCAUCAGCCUACAAGAAACAAGAGGCUGAGUCCUGGGAGGAGGAGAUCCAGGUGUCCAGACAUGCCAGGAGCCUCAGACAGCUGGAUAAUGGGGUCAGGAUCCCACCCAGUGGCUGGAAGUGUCAGAAGUGCGAGAUGAGAGAAAACCUGUGGCUCAACCUGACGGAUGGUACAGUGCUCUGUGGGAAGUGGUUCUUUGAUGGGAGUGGAGGAAAUGGCCACGCUCUGGAGCACUACAGAGAGACCAACCACCCCCUGGCUGUCAAACUGGACACCAUCACCCCAGACGGAGCAGAUGUCUAUUCGUUCGAAGAGGAAGAAGCCGUGUUGGACCCUAACAUAUCAGACCACUUGGCACACUUUGGAAUAGACAUGCUACAGAUGCUGCAGAAAAGAACAGAGAACGGGCACCACACAGAUAAUAAUGCACGUCCGCGAGUCAGUGAAUGGGAGGUGAUCCAGGAGUCCGGCAUGAAACUGAAGGCGGUGUACGGUUCUGGAUACACGGGCGUCAAGAACCUGGGCAACAGCUGCUACCUCGGCACAGUAAUGCAGGUUCUCUUCAGCAUCCCAGACUUCCAGAGGAUGUAUGUGGGAAAUCUUCAGAGGAUAUAUGACUAUUCACCCCUUGACCCCUCCCAGGACUUUGCCACACAAAUGGCCAAACUGGGACACGGACUACUCUCAGGCCAGUUCUCCAAACCACCCAUGAAAUCUGAGCUCAUUGAACAGGUGAUGAAAGAAGAAUACAAGGUAUUAAACUGGCACCAGCAGAAGGGCGUCUCCCCGAGGAUGCUGAAGGCCCUGGUCGGCCGGGGACACCCAGAGUUUUCCUCAAACAGACAACAAGAUGCUCACGAAUUUCUCCUGCACAUCAUCAACCUGGUGGAGAGGAACAGUGCAGGCUCAGAGAAUCCAAGUGACGUCUUCCGAUUCCUGGUGGAGGAGCGAGUUCAGUGCUGCCAGUCGCGUCGGGUAAGGUACGCUGAGCGGGUGGACUAUUGCAUCCAGCUGCCAACCCCCAUCGAGGCUGCCACCAAUCGAGAGGAGCUGCUGGCAUAUGAGGCCAAGAGGAAGGAUGCUGAGGAGAACAUGAAGGCUCCUCCUGAGCCAGUGAGGGCGAGGAUCCCCUUUACCGCCUGCCUGCAGGCCUUCACCGAGCCAGAGAACGUCCCAGACUUCUGGAGCUCUGCGCUACAAGCCAAGUCUGCUGGAGUCAAAACUUCCCGUUUUGCCUCCUUCCCAGAGUAUCUGAUUGUGCAGGUCAAGAAAUUUACAUUUGGGGUUGACUGGGUGCCGAAGAAACUAGACUUGGCCAUCGAUGUUCCGGACUUCCUGGACCUGAACCGGUUGCGGGCCACAGGGCUGCAGGCGGGUGAGGAGGAGCUGCCUGACCUCAUGCCCCCCAUUGUGCUCCCUGAAGACACCAGAGAUAACUCAAUGGGCUCUGUGGACUCUCCAGAAAUAGACGAGGUGGCAGUAAUGCAGCUGGCAGAGAUGGGGUUCCCGCUGGAGGCCUGCAGGAAGGCUGUGUACUACACAGGCAACAUGGGUCCUGAGAUGGCCUUCAACUGGAUCAUAGCCCACAUGGAGGAGCCAGAUUUUGCUGAGCCUCUCGCUCUGCCCUCCAUGAUGGAUCCUGGUCCCUCCACCAGUGACAGCCCCAUGGGUGCCGCCACGCCUCUGGCCAACUCACCCCCCGAGGAGAGCAUCGCCAUUCUCACUUCUAUGGGCUUCCCUCGCACUCACAGCAUCCAGGCGCUCAAAGCCACGAACAAUAACCUCGAACGAGCGCUCGACUGGAUCUUCACCCAUCCGGAGGAGGAGGAGAGCGACGUCCUCUCAGACAUGGCCGACACGGAGCCCAACGACAACGCUUUCUCCAACGCCAACUCGCACAGCGACUCCACGCUGUCACCGGACAGAGAAACAUCGGGCCCCCGAGUCAAAGACGGACCAGGACGUUAUGAGCUCUUUGCCUUCAUCAGCCACAUGGGCGCAUCCACAAUGUCUGGACAUUAUGUUUGUCACAUCAAAAAAGAGGGAAGGUGGCUGAUCUACAACGACCACAAAGUGUGUUUGUCAGAAAGGCCUCCUAAAGACUUGGGCUACAUCUACUUUUACCAUCGACUGUCGAGCAGUUAAAGUGAAGUUCCCGCCCUCCUCCACCCUGCAACCUUUAAAGAACGACAGUCUUUCACUCAGACGACUGGCAGACGACUGUGUAACAGCCGCAGUGGAAACGAUGGAAACAACCUCUCAGACCAGCUGCUCGCCUUACUGUGAUGUCAUUCAGGAGCAACCAGGAACACUGGUCAGAAAGGGAAAGCAAUGUGCUUUAUGUGCAUUUGUGUUACGUUACGCUUUAAAUGUAUAUUUCAGUGUUUAUGUUUCAAAAGAAAAAAGACGUUUUCUCUACAGUACAGAGGGAUGUGUGCAAUCUUUCCACUUUAGGACUGUUCUGGACACAAUAAUGCCACAUAUCAAAUCCCAUUGUUCCUCCUGCUCUAUGCCUUCAGCUACUGUGCCAAUAUUUUCAAAGUGGUACAUUUUAUAAAUGUAUUUUGAAAUGGCAGUGCUUCACUGCCAGCCCUGAAAUGCUCUGAAACUGUGACAAGAAACAACAACCAGGACAUUACUGUGCCGUGGAAAAAAUUAUUUUCAAAGUAUCUUUUUGUUCGGGUGCCGAGAGAAAUAAGAAGCACACCGCAUGUAUGUUUCAGAAUGAGGGGGGGGGAGGAAGUCUGCACACUGAGGUACACUGGCUGAGUUAUCAAGACAAAAGUAUAAUCUGCUUCCCUGAAAGCACUUUGUUUAGACUAGAACAAGUUCAUCGUUUGCACCUGAUGCAGCAGAAGUGGACGUUUUUAUUCACCAGAUACGAGCACGCAAUGUGAUAUCAGAUUUCUACUUCGGUUCUGCUGAACCUGUUAAACAUUGAAGUAGCUGGAAGUGCAUGUACAGUAAUUGAUACCUUAUUUUUAGGUGGCUGUCACAUCAUUUAUACUCAUGUACGUUAUAUAGAAGUUGUAAAGAAGUCCACGCUCCUGCAGUAAACCUAUUUUAUCCAUUAUUUUUGCCCAAAUUGCAAAAUACUUGCAUUGUAGGCUAAAAAAACUUGGACUCUCAGCAGCAGCUGUUCCGCUUUGGUUCCUUUAUCACUCUGACAGAUUCAGACUGUGACCCCAAAGUUAAAAUUAACCCUUCUCUUCGACCUGUAACACUUUUUUUUUUUACAAGUCAUUUAAUUUCAUUUGUACAUCUAGAAGCAAUAUGCACGACAACCAAAUCUCCUCUGGCACCUGCUGUAAGAGUGACUCAUAUCUCAGUGCUGAAUGUAUCGUGGUGCUCACUGCAAACAAAAGCUCUUCAUCUCUUGAUACAUUAUUAUAUCCUCUGACUGUCAACAUCAUCUCAGUGUUUAUUCUCAUAUCCUCAUUAUUUACUUUUAUGCUGCAUUGAACUGGACUUGAAUCCACUUUCAUUUUUGUCAUCUCAAAAAAGAACUGAUAUUUUGUCACUUAAUUCCAGAGCGACGACCUUGACAUGUGGUGAAAGUGUGUCACUCAGCUGUGCACUUCAGGGGCUUGUUUUAAAGGUGAAAAGUGACUUUACUCUGCCUUGUAAAAAUUUGAUGUUUGAGCGUUACAGGGAAGGACAGUCCUCCGACCUAGAAGGUACAUUUGCUUGAACGUUGAAAGAAAGAUUGCGACAUCAAAAACUGGAAGUCUGGAAUAUGUUUGUCCUUUCAAACACUUUCAUGUGAUGACUUUUAAAAACGACAUAGGAAUCGUCUUUUCUUGUGAAGACGAUGGAAACAAAGAAACUUUAUUGAAGGCCUCAGAUAAAUAUCUCACAUCCCAGAGUGAAACCGUAUCUCUGCAGUUCUCCCUCAGCACAGAUUCAGUUUUAUUAAAUCUCCCCUCCAUCAGAUACUACGUGCUGCAGUCUUCAUUGUCUAUGCAGCAGGAAAUUCUCAAAGGUCUUUCUAUGCAAGUCUUGUUUCUGCCAUUGAUAAAAGUUGUCGUCUUGCUAAAUGAUGUUUAGUUUUGAAUGUCUUCAGAUAUCCUGUGCAGAUACCCCCUCCCCCCCGUCGUCCUCUUGAUUACACCAUUAUGUCAUUUUCUGUUGUUUUGUUUCGGCUUUCGCUCCAGCUCGGUCUCUUCCAUUCUUCUUCUUUUCGUUGUUAAAACGGUUCAAUCUGUCACAAAGAGGCUUUUUCACUGUCAGCAUGUGCACUAGACGUUGACAUUUAGUCAUUUGGAUUGUACCUUUGUACUCUUGUGAGUUUUGUUCUCUUUUCUCAUUUAACGAAAUGUAAAAAAAAAAAAAGGUUCUUCACCUGUUUUUACUCUGUUGCCUUUUUGCAAACAAGUUUGUGCCAGUUGUGUAGUUCCCAUUACAUAGUUUUUCCUGAAGGGAAUAUUUUAAGUUGACUUUUGUAAUGUAUGCCUUUAUCCAAAAAAUGGCUUGGAUGUAUGUGAAUAGAGUCAUGACAGUACAGUGGCACUGUUUACUUACAAUGUUUGGAUAAUUUAAUAAACUACACCUUUGUUGAGA